AUGCCGAGCCCCCAGGUCGCCUCGCCUUUGGCGCUAUCCACGUCGCCGCGCAACAACCUCCGCCUUAUGACGUCGCACGACCUGUACAACAGCCUCAACGCGACGCUCACCUCGGGCGACAACCGGCCAUCGACGCCCGUCCGCCGUAUUCAAGAGGAUGACUAUACCGUCCCGGCGCCGCCGCCUCCCAGUCCCGUCAGCUUUAGGGCUGACCACUGGCACGUUCCCGCUCGUCGCUGA